UGGAUGACCAAGUUUACCGUGUACGUACUAAUACUACUGUAUUUUUAGUACUAGCUUAUUUUUUUGCCCCCUGACCAUUCCUGUGUUGUUACGAACGCGUACGCCUUACCUUGUUCGUGCUAUGAUUCAUUCCCUGCGCGACGAUUCAUCUGAUACAUCUGACUGGAUCGGAAGCUGACCGGGUUUCAAUUCAUUGCUUUUGCUUGCUUCUAUGGCUCAAACAGACAUAGUAACUCCUAUCCAGUAGCUUGCUUUGCUCACAACGCAAAUGUUCCUUGCAUCCACAAGCCAAGCAACAUCCAUCUCUACUUAACGGGACAAUCCAGCUGCUCCCAUCGCACUCAAGAAUUGAAGCUGCACACACCGGCUAGGCUAGCAGUUGGAACUUGUCAGAGAAACUAAUUAACAAUGGAGGGUCUUCCGAAGCAGAUGCUUGCUACCUUGGUCGGCUGCAACUACGCCGGCACGCCCCACGAGCUGCGAGGCUGCAUCAACGACGUCCUCGCCAUGCGCGACACCCUCGUCGCCCGCUUGGGCUUCGCGCCCGGCGACAUCGCCGUGCUCACCGACGACGACCGCAGCGCCGCCGUGCUCCCCACCGGCGCCAACAUUAAGCGCGCGCUCGCCGACAUGGUGGCCCGCGCCGCGCCCGGGGACGUGCUCUUCUUCCACUACAGCGGCCACGGCACGCUCGUCCCGCACAGCCACGGCCACGACGCGCGCCAGCUGGACGAGGCCAUCGUCCCCUGCGACUUCAACCUCACCACGGACGUGGACUUCCGGCAGCUGGUGGACCUGGUGCCGCAGGGCGCGACCUUCACCAUGGUCUCCGACUCGUGCCACAGCGGCGGCCUCAUCGACCAGGAGAAGGAGCAGAUCGGCCCCGCCGCCGUCACCGACCUCGCCGACGGUGCCACUGCCACCACGCGCGCCGUCCGCGGCCGCUUCCUCCCGUACGCCACCGUCGUCGGCCACCUCUCCGGCUCCUCGGGCGUCGACGCGUCCCACCACGUCGCCGACCACCUCCUCGCGCUCUUCGGCGCCGACGCCAGCGCCAAGUUCCGCCACCACGACACGCCGACGCCGAGCCCCGACGGCGGCAUCCUCCUGAGCGGGUGCCAGACGGACGAGACGUCCGCGGACGUGGCGGCCGACGGUGGCAAGGCGUGCGGCGCGUUCAGCAGCGCGGUGCAGGCCGUGCUGGCGGCGCACCCGGCGCCGCUGAGCAACCGGGAGGUGGUGAGCCGGGCCAGGGAGCUGCUCCGGGAGCAGGGGUUCGAGCAGCACCCCUGCCUCUACUGCAGCGACGCCAAUGUCGACGCGCCGUUCCUCUGCCAGCAGGAGGAGCCCGCCGCCAUUCCCGCCCUGUGAUUCUCUAUGAUUUGUGUCAGCGUGGUCUUCAACCUUCAUUACCUUUGUGACAUGAUGAUAACAUGCCAAAUGCCAUUGUUACUGAUUUUCUGCUUAUACGUUUUCUUGCUAAAGAGUAAAAGUACCGCUUAUAUUGACAAUGUAUUCCACAUAAUUACUCCCAUAUCUAUUAGCCAUCAACCUGAUUCCAGUCUCUCAAAUUCAUCCAGUCUUAUGUUUUCUCUGUAUAAGUUCAUGUAGUUGCA